CAGACACCAGACCCUGCCGUCGUGCACGUCUCUCUCUCUCUCUCUCUCUGCCUCUCUGCCUCUCUCUAUCUGUCGGUGACGCGCUCCAAGGUUUCUUCCUACCGGAGGCAUCAGCAGCAGCAGCGGCGGCGGCGGUGUAUCGGUGACUGCUGGCUGAGAGCGCCUGAGAAGAGACACACGGAGGAUUGUUCCCAGCUUCUCCCCCCCACACACACACUCACAAGCACCGGGAUUUAUUGCGCUGACGCAAUUUGCGGAUUUGCGGAGCAUCUAUCGAAUCUUCCGCUGUGUGACCCGGGGCCAUCAGACGUGAGCAGUUGCAGCACAACAAGGUGGACUGUGACUGUGGCUUGGAGUGGAUGGGCCCCUGUGUUCUCCCAGCCAAUAAUCCAUCCCUCCAUCUUACCGUCAGCCGGAGGAAAGAUCUGAUGACAGGACUGCAGAGAGUGGAGAGAAAAGACCCCCUGCUAUGGCCAGUGCAGCUGAUGGUGUAGGCAACCUGGGUGCUGAGCAGAACCACAUUAGUGUUCCUGUCGCUGAUCAUGGAGCCUGGGCCACGGCCAUGAACAACCUGGGCAUCAUGCCCAUGGGCAUCAGCGGGCAGCAGCUGGUUUCAGAUUCUCUGUGUAUCCAGAGAUUCGACCCUGGGCUGGGACUCAUUGCACCCAUAAACCCCAUGAUAGCAGGAAUCAGCCUGGUCCCCCCUCCACCCGUUCCCCCCGACAUGCCCGUCAUCAAGGAGAUCAUCCACUGCAAGAGCUGCACUCUCUUCCCUCAGAACCCUAACCUUCCUCCUCCCUCGACACGGGAGCGCCCUCCCGGCUGUAAGACAGUAUUUGUGGGGGGUUUGCCAGAGAACGCCACAGAGGAAAUCAUCAGGGAAGUGUUUGACCAAUGUGGGGAGAUCAUCGCCAUCCGAAAGAGCAAGAAGAACUUCUGCCACAUCCGCUUCAGUGAGGAGUUCAUGGUAGACAAGGCUAUUUACCUGUCAGGGUAUCGGAUGCGUAUCGGAUCCAGCACUGAUAAAAAGGACUCUGGGAAGAUCCAUGUAGACUUUGCCCAGGCCAGAGAUGACCUUUAUGAGUGGGAGUGUAAACAGCGCUUACUGGCCAGAGAGGAAAGACACCGCCGCAAGAUCCACGAAGACAGACUGCGGCCACCAUCUCCCCCUCCGAUUGUGCACUACUCUGAACAUGAGGUAGCACUGUUAGCAGACAGACUAAAAGAUGAUCAUAAGUUCAGUGAGGCCAUAGCCAUUCUGUUCACCUGGAUCGACAGAGGCGAAGUCAACCGCCGCACCGCCAAUCACUUCUACUCUAUGAUCCAGUCGGCCAACAGCCACGUUAGACGACUGAUGAGUGAGAAAGCUCAGCAUGAAGAGGAGUUGGAGCGUGCCAAAGAGGCCUUCAAGAAUGCCCUGCUGGCUAUAUUAAAUCAGUUCGAGCAGAUCACCGCCGUUUUCACCGCUGCCACCCGGCAAAAGGCAUGGGACCAUUUCUCAAAAGCACAGCGCAAGAACAUAGACAUUUGGCGCAAGCAGUGUGAGGAGCUGAGGAACGCCCACAGCGAAGAGAUCAUGGGCAUCAGACGAGAAGAGGAGAUGGAGAUGUCGGAUGACGAGUCGGAUGAAAGUCCUUGCAAGAAGAUGCGCACUGAGGAAAAUGGAGUGUGUGAUCAGACUCAGGCCUCUCUGAAGGAGGAGAACGACUCCCUGCGCUGGCAGCUGGACGCCUACAGGAACGAGGUGGAGCUCCUGAGGAAGGAGCAGAGCAGAGCCAGCCGCCCAGAAGACGAUCACUCGCACACACACCCUCACAGCCCAGAGGCUCAGAUCCAGCUGCUGCAGCAGAGCAUGCACAGCAUGCAGCAGCAACUUCUGAACCUACAAGAGAAGCUAUCGAGCAAGGAAACUGAGCUGGAGCAGGCAAGAGAAGAGCACCGCUACCUGGAGGGGGAGGUACUCAGCCUCAGAGACAAGCUGCUGAGCAGUAAUGGGGAGACUGUGGAAGGGACCAACGGCGAGCUCCAUGAAAAGGGGAUCAACGGGUGUGUUCCUUCUCUGUACCACAGCAGAGACCGGAGGACCGAGCUUAUCACAAGAGGAGUCAUCACUUCAGAAAAAGAGGCUCUGCUUCUUGGCAUUAUAUCGACCUUCCUCCAUGUCCAUCCAUUUGGGGCCAACCUCGAGUAUCUGUGGUCGUACAUACAGAGACUAGACUCCAAGGUAUCUGCAGGGGAACUGGAGCGGCUCAUGGUCCGUCUGCCCAGUAUGUUCAGGCAGGAGCUGAGUGGCGUCGGUGCAACUCUGGAAAAAAGAUGGAAAUUCUGCGGUUUUGACACACUGAGUUCAGCGUGACACAGGAGUGGCGCACACACACACUGCGAAGACACACCAACGUGAACAGAUGUGCACAAUGCCUCGGACCUUUAAUUCACAUGUGUGUGUGCGCAUGUUCUUCAGACACACGGCAGUGCAGUAGACAACAGAUGACGUUCACUCAAGCAGACACUGGAAACUGUGAAAGCGACGGAUUUUUUUUUUUUAGAAUCCCAAAAGACAUUUCACCUCUGGAUGCUGGGUUCAGGUGAAAUAACAUUUCUUUUUCUCACUGCAGAUUGUCACCACGGUGAACUGCAACAGGGUGUUAUAGACUAUCGUCGGUCAGCGCUGAAGACACACCCUCUGUCUGUCCUCUGAAGUGAAUCAUGGUCCUUGGUGUCUUGCUGUCGGUGCAGUUUGGAGUCUGAAAAAUCCAGCAACAACCGAAACAUCACAGACAGAGAGUUUAAAAAAAAUUUAUACCAAAGUUGAACGUUAAAAGAUUUGAUGCCAAACCUCAUUU